AUGAAAAUCCUCGGUCGAAUUGACGGGUCGAUAUACGGCGCCAUACGAUCCCAUAGCUCCGUGUCGCGAGCUAUCCAGUCUGCUGCCCACGGCCAACAUGGCGCCAACCACCACAACCUCAUUAUCGCGGCCGUGUCGAGCCUUUCGUGUCCGUCCCGUAGUCUCAGACGCACCAGAUCGGAAAGUGCAGCUCCGGUGUGCGCCGGCACCAACAUCUCGAACUCUGCCUACUCGACCAUAACGACCCCAAACUAUCGAAGACCUUCGAACUCCAUCAGCUUCACCUCACAUACCCCCCAAAAACGAAACCAAAAUCACACUAGCUCGGCUGCUGCUGCUGCUGUUGAGCCAUAUUGGCCCGUCACUCCAUGCACCCUGCCUAGCAAGUCCCGCGAGGAACUACUCUCUUUCCUGGACUAUUAUGACGAGGUUACUGUCGAAGAGCAACUAGAAUUCCUGAGGGAUCCGUACCGGAGAGGAUAUGCUCCUGCCGCAGUGCAACCGCUGAGACUAUCCGAGGGACCCCAUGACUAUUUCUCUCCCUCGCCGGAAGAAUUAGAGAUGGGUGAUCAGGAAGUGCAACAGACCCUCAGCCGCCUCCGAUCCGCCAUUACCCAGAAGCUUCUGCGCGCAAAUAGCAUUAGCAACGACGAUAUUUAUGAUGUGUAUCGAUCCCUUCCCGAACCUCGAAUGCACUACCUGAGUGGGCGCCAGAGGCAUGCUCUGUUCGCCGCGCUUGGCGCCACAGAGCGGAAGAACGCAAAGGAUAUGCUUCGUUAUUUUGCCGUCGUUGCCGAUGUAAAAAAUGCAGGCUUUUCGCUCACAAGGACGGAAUGGAACACGGCAUUGUCCUUUGCCAGUCGCUACGUGGGUGCUUCGAGUCAAACAGAGACAGAGGCAGCCCUACACCUGUGGCGAGAGAUGGAGCACGAUGCAGGAAUUUCGGGCAAUGAGGUCACCUUCAACAUCCUCUUUGACGUUGCUGCAAAGGCGGGCAAAUUUGCGCUUGCUGAAAUGACCUACCAGGAGAUGAUCACUCGGGGCCACCAUUUCAAUCGAUAUCAUCAUGUCAGUUUGAUCCACUACUUUGGUCUCAAGCUGGACUCGAGCGGUAUGCGCGCCGCUUACAAGGCAAUGGUCGACAAUGGGGAAGUCAUUGACACGCGUGUGCUCAAUUGCGUCAUUUCCGGGUUUUUACGCUGCGGCGAAGAAACCUCGGCCGAGUUCGUUUACCACAUGAUGAAAAAGUCGGAUGAUAGGUCAAAACUCAUACCUCAACGCGACUACUCAUUCAACAAGAUGGUCAACAAAGUACUUCUCAUGUUUAGCCGUUUGAGUCGGAAGCAUCCGGAUCUUAGUGAUGGACCCCAAUCUGCUACUGCGUUGACUCCUGACCUGGCUACCUAUAGAAUUCUUUUAAAUUACUAUGGCGUGCGGCUGGGGCAGAUGUCACAGGUCGUCCAAUUCCUGGACGAGAUGAAAUUCUUCAGGGUACCUCUGCAUGGCUCAGUCUUCCUGGCCUUGUUCAAGGCCUUCUCUAUACAUGGCGGCAAUCCGAAUACAGCUUGGUCGGUCAAGAGACUUGUGGAUGUGUGGCAUGCCUUCCUCGACGCCUUCGAUGGAGGUGCGAACGGCUUGUAUAUCAACACAUGGAUGGCAAUGUGGGUGCUUCGGGCAUUCGCAAUAUGUACAGAUUCGAAAGAAGAGGUUCUGGCUGUAUAUGAAGAGCUUAGGGCCAGGUGGCCGGCGGACGACGGGACGGAUGCUUUCAUGUUAGAUUUCUUGCACAAUUUAAUUUCGGAAAAAGGCUGGGGUCCAAACAAUGUCCCCCUGAUACCAAUGUAG